AUGGAAAUUAUUCAUUUCAAUGCCACUUUUCCUGGAUCAACACAUAAUGCAGCGAUCUGGCAAGGAUCCAGUUUGAGCCAAUUAUUAGAAAAUAAUUAUGUUAACGGAGUUUCAGCUGGUGAAUGGCUUCUAGGAGACUCUGGAUAUGCCCAACUGCCUUGGCUGAUGACCCCGUAUACUGAUGCGGAUGAAAAUACACCUGAGGCUCGAUAUAAUUUAGCGCAUACCAAAACGAGGGUCCUUAUUGAAAAAUGUUUUGGAGUGAUGAAAACAAGAUUUAGAUGCAUUCACAAGCACAGGACGUUGCAUUAUGACCCCGUGAAUGCAUCUAAAAUAAUAGCAGCUGUAGUGGUUCUCCAUAACGUGGCAAUUAAGAGAAAUGAACCUUUACCAGAUGAAUUGGAACUCGAAGACAGAUUGCGGCCAACAGAUGAUCCAGGAUAUGAAUUUUUUAAAUGUGGCAAGAAAUAUUCGAAAUAA